UCCUCCUUUUGCUGGACAGGUUGGGGAGGCUUGGGAGCAAGAAAACAUCAAUUCCUCCUUUGGCAGACCUGUUCUUGCUCUGCGUCUGUGGUGAAGGAUCCCAUCUCCCAAGAGGAAUAACAAUGGCUGGCAGUUCAGAAAAUACACAGGGAAUUCUUGUUAUCUAUGAAGAAGCUGCAGAAGAAUGGGCUUUGUAUUUAAAAUCAAUUUUCAAGCACAUUAUAUUAGAAGACUGGAUCUUGCUUUAUGACUUAGAAGCUGCAUCGAUUCACCACUCAGAAGUGCUAUUUCUCUGCUCUUACAGAUGCAAACUGUUGAUAUUAUCAAAUGGUCUUUUAAAGUGUCUGAACCUGAAAAAGAGAUAUUUUCUGGACAAGAUUCUUCAGCCUCCUGAAAGGGUGGUUAUUUUGCUUUGUGGGGUAGAAGAUUCAACCCUUAUCUAUCAGAUACUGAAUAUAGACAAAAACAACCGACUGAUUACCACGGACCAAGGGCCAGAAGAUUAUCUUGCUGUUAUAGCUGAUAUUAUUCAACAAGGUCCACUUGAUGUCUUAUCUUUGGACUUAGAAAGGAGGCUGACGCUAGAUGACGGAAGUGUGGAAAUUGAGGAGGUCACAGAGAUGGUGGGAAGACCAGAAGUGUUAGUGCUGCCAAAAAGGAUACCAUGUGAGUGCCCUGGAGAAAUGUUCAUUAUUUUAAGAGAUGAUGUCCCUGAAGAUUCAGUAGUUGUUGAAUUUAUAACAGAAAAUGAAUGGAUCAGUAUUAAACCAGACUUUUGGAAUCAGAAAGUCAGGUUCAUCAAAGCUCUAGAUUUCCCUGCUGGCUUCGUAAAUGUAAAUAUCUACUGUGGAGGAGACAUUAAAGCUGUAGUGCAGAUUGAGUACUAUUCAACAAUUGGAGAGAUUGAGCAGAUGCUUCAGAAAGUGGCUGAUCCAAUUGCCUUUGCCUGUCAGGCUUUCAAGUUUUCAUCAGCAGAGAAAAUGGAUAACAUUCUCACACUCUUGCUGAAAAGUUCAAUCAUUUCUCAUGAUUUUAGCAGUUUUCCAAAUGAAGUCACGGAUCAUGACCGGGAAACGGAUUCACAGCUGGAGGAACUUCCCACUCUACUCCAUUGUGCAGCUAAAUUUGGAUUAAAGAAGCUUGCUGUAUUCCUCCUCCAAGAUCCCAAGGCCACUUGGGCUUGUAGAAUUACUAACAAGUAUGGAGAAAGCCCAGUUCAUGUUGCAGAAAAGUAUGGCCAGAAGGAGAUUUGGAAGGUCCUUAAAGAAUUGCCAAUAAAUGAAGACAAAAGCACGGGUGACAAGGAGAAGGAAGUAAAAGCUGAGGAUGACAUCUAUGUGAUUAUGAUGAGCUCAGAUUUUCAUUCUAAUGGACUUGGCAGACCAAGCAUAGAAGAACCACCUGUCCAGGGGCAUAAAGGAAUAAAUGCGGAGGCAGAACUGAAAGAAGAUAAUGAGAAAGAAAUGGUAGAAAAAGAAGAAAAUAAAUUAGAAGAAAAUACAUAUCACUUGAGAAAUCAUUGUUACAGCGUGUAUGAUAACAUGCUUAAGGAUGCCCCAGAAGCAAAGAGUGAAAGUAUCAGCUACUCAGCGGGACCACCUUUGCCACCCCGAAAUCAAUCUCUUGCCACAAAACACAAUGAACUUUUCUACUUGUAUUCAGCAUGGAAAACAGCGGAAGGCCAAGUGGAAGAUAAGGACGCAGAUGGAGAGCCAAAGAUAGACGAUUAUUCCGACGAAAUAGAUGAAGAAGAUCCAUACACAUCUGCUUUAGUAGAUGAUGGUGUGUAUGAUACGAUUAUUGACAAUGAAGUUAAACAGCGAAGGAAAGACGGUAAAUCCUUUAUUCUGAAUCGGCCACCAGCACCUGCACCACGUCCUUUGUCUGUUGCUGUGAAAGAGGAGAGCACUUCUUACAUAGCUCAAGUCUUUCAGAAAAAGGUGACCAGGACUCAUGCUGGUAAUGAGAAGCUGUUGAAUGCUGUCAGGAAACCAGACAGAAUUUAUGUGGACAAGGUCACAUAUACUACUCUCAAGCCCAAUAUCCCUCUGGGGCUGGAAGAACUCAUUCUGAUGCAACAGCAAGUGAAAAGGGGGAACAAUUCCAUGGAUGAAGUGGAGAAACUCAAGCACUGGCAAAUUCAUACAAGUAGACUGGAAGCCACUCAGCAGGUGAUGGAAUAUUCCAAGGAGCAAUUCAGUACUGAAGAAGAACCAGGACUGUAAUUUCCUUUACAGCAAGGAUCAUCAAACUGUGAAUCAAGCCUUCAAGUAAAUUAUGGAAAAAUUGUUAAGGGAAUAACUGAACUUUUCCGACUGGCAUCUUGAUUUAUGGAGUUCAGAUAUGACCCUUUAUCUGGAUAGUGUCUGGUUUAUUCUAACAACUCUUCAUUCUGACAGCCAUUACAGGAACCUAGAAGACAUCCUUGCAGAUCUCUUUGGGUACCACACUCUACAAUAAGCAGAGGAAGAGAAAUUCUUCUGGGCUUGAUUUUUCUGCAGAGUUACCCAAUUGAUUCCUUUUGCAUCUAUGGGCAUGCUGGAAUGUAAUCCUGUACCAAAAUCCAGAUGGGCAGGGAAAUGUACACAUUAAGAAAAAAACAUAUCUCAAGAUGUUUAUAUUAGAGGAAUAUUUAAGUAAAAAAUAUUAUAUUGGGGAAAACUGAUUGCAAAACUUUGGAAAUGUUAUGAAUGUCAUCCAACAAAAUGUCAUCCAACAAAAUGCUUCUGUUAUAUGUAAAAAAAUGCAAACGUUUUAUAUUAACAUUUUCCCUCCAAAUAAUUACAAAUUAUUUUUACUCUGAUGUAUCCUCUAGGCUUUUUUAAUGAUUGUACCCCA